UCAAAUAUUGGGAUUACAGGAUGGAUAGAAUGACAGAAGAUGCUCUUCGACUGAAUCUUUUGAAGAGGAGUUUGGACCCAGCAGAUGAGCGAGAUGAUGUCUUGGCAAAACGACUCAAAAUGGAGGGGCAUGAGGCCAUGGAACGACUAAAAAUGUUGGCAUUGCUCAAAAGGAAAGAUUUGGCAAAUCUUGAGGUGCCACAUGAGUUACCUACCAAACAAGAUGGCAGUAGUGUGAAGGGUUAUGAAGAGAAACUCAAUGGGAAUCUCAGGCCUCAUGGAGACAACAGGACUGCUGGAAGGCCAGGCAAAGAAAACAUCAAUGAUGAGCCUGUGGAUAUGAGUGCUAGACGGAGUGAGCCAGACCGAGGAAGGCUAACUCCUUCCCCAGAUAUAAUUGUUUUGUCUGAUAAUGAGGCUUCCAGUCCCCGGUCCAGCUCCCGGAUGGAAGAAAGACUCAAAGCAGCCAACCUAGAGAUGUUUAAGGGGAAAGGCAUUGAGGAACGUCAGCAGCUUAUCAAGCAACUGAGAGAUGAGCUACGAUUGGAAGAAGCUCGACUGGUGCUGUUAAAGAAACUGAGACAGAGUCAGCUACAGAAAGAGAAUGUGGUCCAAAAGACUCCAGUUGUACAGAAUGCAGCAUCUAUUGUUCAGCCAUCUCCUGCACAUGUGGGACAGCAAGGCUUAUCCAAGCUUCCCUCCCGGCCUGGAGCUCAAGGGAUUGAACCUCAAAAUUUAAGAACAUUACAGGGUCAUAGUGUCAUCCGUUCGGCAACCAACACCACCCUUCCACACAUGUUGAUGUCUCAACGUGUUAUUGCACCAAAUCCAGCCCAACUUCAGAGUCAGCGGGGGCCACCGAAGCCUGGCAUUGUCCGCACCACAACACCUAACAUGAAUCCCGCCAUCAGUUACCAACCACAGUCAAGUUCUUCUGUUCCCUGUCAGCGCACAACAUCUUCUGCCAUCUACAUGAACCUCGCCUCCCAUAUUCAGCCAGGGACUGUGAACAGAGUGUCCUCACCACUUCCUAGCCCCAGUGCCAUGAGUGAUGCUGCCAAUUCACAGGCUGCAGCCAAAUUGGCUCUUCGAAAACAGCUGGAAAAGACACUCUUGGAGAUACCACCUCCGAAACCUCCUGCUCCCUUGCUUCACUUCCUGCCUAGUGCAGCCAAUAGCGAGUUCAUUUACAUGGUAGGCUUGGAAGAAGUCGUACAGAGUGUCAUUGACAGCCAAGGCAAAAACUGUGCCUCACUUCUGAGGGUCGAACCCUUUGUAUGUGCUCAGUGCCGCACAGAUUUCACUCCUCACUGGAAGCAAGAAAAGAAUGGUAAGAUCCUCUGUGAGCAGUGUAUGACUUCCAACCAGAAAAAGGCUCUAAAAGCUGAACACACCAACCGGCUGAAAAAUGCUUUUGUUAAAGCCCUACAGCAGGAACAGGAAAUUGAACAGCGAUUACAGCAGCAGGCAGCACUCUCCCCUACUACAGCUCCAGCUGUAUCCAGUGUCAGUAAACAGGAGACCAUCAUGAGACAUCAUACACUUCGGCAGGCUCCUCAGCCUCAGAGCAGCCUCCAGCGUGGUAUACCCACAUCUGCCCGUUCCAUGCUUUCAAACUUUGCACAGGCACCCCAGUUGUCUGUGCCAGGUGGCCUCCUUGGUAUGCCAGGUGUCAACAUUGCAUAUUUGAACACUGGCAUCGGAGGACAUAAAGCCCCCAGUUUGGCAGACCGGCAGCGUGAAUACCUUUUAGACAUGAUCCCUCCCCGGUCUAUAUCUCAGUCCAUCAGUGGACAGAAAUAACGCCUGUUCCACUUGUACUGCCCAUCCUUGAAUCCUUUACCCAUUUCUCCUAUUGCCCCCAACUUCCGUCGCAUGCAGUGCCUGUACUGGUGCCUACCAUACACGGAAAGCAAAACCGAAAAAACAGAAGACAAAAAUAGACAUCAACAAGAAAACACACGCCCUGCCACCUCCCCUUUAUUUCACACUGCUGCGAUCUGUUCUCCUGCUGCUCUGUCUUCUCUCUUCAGUUUUCUUUAACAGUGAGGUGGAUCUUUGCCUCUGAUAGAGGUCAGAAUGAGGUCCUGGGGAGAAUCCAAGUCCUUUGAUGUGUGUUUCUAAAGUUUGUUUAUGCUAUAAUUAUUAUCAUUUUUAAUUAUAUUGUGUGUCUUCCCUUUGUUCUGUGGACGGUUAACACCCCUCAUCUUCUGUUUUCUUUCCUUCCCUAUCUCCCUUCUGCUAAUAUUCCCUCUUAAAAAAAAAUACAAAUGAUAUACAGUUCAGUGAUCACAUGCAGACUGCAGUGGAUCCUCAGCUGUCAAAUAAGACAUAACUGAGAAUGUUAGGGACAGAGAUUUUGAAUGCACUUAACCUGAGUUAUGGAGUGGGUAUCAUCAAGCAAGUAGGAAUAGCAUCCCAGCUAUGGUUGGUCAGGAUCUGGACAGUUUGGGAGGCAAUGUUUUAGUAAUAAAGUGUUGGGCUCUUUAAGAAUAAGGAAAAGAGCUUGGAGGGAGAAGCUUAACACAAAAAACUACCUGUAGGGAGAUGGGGAAAAGGGUGUGACACCACGAUCAGGUCCUGGCCUCAGCAGCUGGGGGAAUAAGAUUGUCUCCUAACCCCGCUGAGGACACAGAAGUCUGUUGCAGGCUAACCAUCCCAAGACUGUUCAUCAUAUUUUCUUUAUAAAAAUUGUCUCACAUCACAUCUUCAUACCCUCUUAGCAAAUGUUAAUCUUUCUUCUAACUAUAGUCUCAGAGGAAUGACUGUGUCCAGGCUGCAGGUGGCUGGGUGUCCUAGAAGUUGGAAUAGGCAUAAGUGAAUCACGUGACAGAAAGAGAAACUAGACAUAGAGGAAGAGGAAGUUUCUCCCAGCAGUUGAGAUCCUCGAAUUUUUCUAUCCUGUACCCUCUUGAGUGCAGAGAAAUGGGGUGUUGGCCCCUAAUCAGGUUGGUGUCCUGCUCCACCUCUGCUACACUGACUAUAGAUCCAACUCCUCAGAUCCAAGCAACUCUUGUCAAACCAGCUUUGGACCUCAGCUAUAUAAGUAUUGUCUUCCCCAAGCUCCUCUCCCCAAAAUUUUAUUAAUUUUGCCUUUUUGUUUUUUUUGUUUUUUGUUUUUUGUUUUUUUCUUAGGCGCUACUAGUGUAGAGAAUGAAUUGAAUUGUGCAAUGUUGCUGUUCUGGGGUUAGGGAGGUUAGCAUCCUAUUUGCCCACACUGUGGCAAGGAGGAGGGGACCAAGCUGUUUUUGAGGUAAGGGAAGCCUGAAAAUGAAGGGUUUCUGCUCUCCUCAGAGUGUACAUGCACCUGCCUCUACAGCUCUAGAAGCCGUCAGAGUGUACUGGGGACACUCUGAGCAGAUGUAUGAUGAGUUGUGUGAUAUUUUGCCCUUGAUAGCCACCUGAGGAAAUUCCCUCAUUUUUAUUUUUAAAAACUAAAUAAUUUUUUUAAAGUAAGAAGGCACUUUUAAAAUUGUUCACACAAACUGCACACCUUUCCCAUAAAAUUUGGGGGUAGGGUGGAAAAAGAAGCUAAAAAUCAAGCUCAAUUUCCCUACUUUGGUCUCUUUUCCCAAUACUCCAGUGCCACUGUGGGUGAUUAUACUGGCCCUACGGGCCUUCCUGGCUUUUUUCUUUCCUCCCUUUCCUUCAAAUUCAUUGAGCACUUAAUAAAGGAGCAGAGAUACAGCUGUGUCUGGGCUCCCCAAGUGGUGAAGUGACCUGGAAGCUAGAUGCUAGUAACAAGUAGUUUGAGCAGGUCAUUUCAAGUAUUUUUCUGGGGAAUGUGGUGUCCCUGACUGUAAGUGGUGGGGAGGGAGGGGGGCUAAUGGAGCUGGGUCGGGAUUAUUUUAAAAUUAUAUACAUAUAUAUAUAUAUAAAGAUAUAUUCUUACAUCUUUUCUUUGCCCUCUGUGCUUUGAAAGCACUGGAUAAAUUGAUUCUGUUUUUCUCUUCCACAAAAUGGGAAGAUUUUUUUGCUCCAUUUUUUAUAUGUUUUUCUUAGCAGUCAUCUUGCCUUGUGGCAUGUCUGUCUAACCUCUCCCUACCCCAUGAUGAAGUGCCAUUUCUGUUAAGUCUCCCUGACCCCCAGCUCAGAGGUGCUCAGAGGUACAAGGUGCCCAAGUUUGUCAGUUGAGAUUAAAAGGAACAGAGAAUGUGCAAUACUGUCCAGCUGGGGCCUGUCCCUGCCCUGAGCUAGGUUCUCUCCAUGGGAGCCAGGCCACUUUGAGUAGGGUUUGGAAGUAAGAUGUAUAGAAAUGGGGAAUAUUGGGGAAGGAAAGCCCAUAUAGUACAGUGCCUAUGUAGGUGCUGAGGCCAUAGGGGAGAGGGUACAAUCUUCCCUGUUUUUAUCCCUUCAGGGUCAAUUACAUAGAAGCUGCUUAUUAACUAGUAUAGCUCUGUGGCCCUUUGCUCAGUCGCUGAGGUUUGAUUUCUCCUCUUUUACCCCAUCUUCAUGUCCUUCCCAGGAAUUAGUGAGAGGGGUGAAAUCUUUCUUAAUCAUGGUAAAGUGUUAGCCUUCCAUCUCCUCCCUCACUCCCUGCCCGUCUCCCUUCUUCAACCUCUACAUUUUAUAUCAUUGAUUGCCUUGUGUUCUUCCAAGCCUUUUUUUAAAAAAGCUCUCAUCCUCAGGCCAUGGGCCUUUAACACUAACCCUCAUGCCCUAAGGAUAGGAGAAAAGGCUCUGAGUUCAACUGUCCUUUACCAUUGGACUUUGACUCAGGUGUCAGUAGAGUGAGGAUCCAACCAGUACACUCUGGCUUCCUCUAGACCCUGAGGCACUAAAAGCAGUCAUUCAUGGAUGGUGUCUUACUCUGUAGAAACCUGAAAUGGGUGGAUUAGUGGCAAGGCUGGGGUGAAAUUAGGAGACAGAGGUCCUUAUUUGUCAGUUUUAUUUUGUCACUGACCAUAGCAUCUGAACUCCCCCCAUCGCUGAAUAAGUAUUUUUCCUGCAUUUUGGGAUAUAUGUAUGGUAGACAUUUCUUUUUAAAGACACCGAGAUAAAUGUUUCCCUGCCUUGGUUCCUUCCCUUGCCCCUUUCAAAGGUAUUAGCUAUAGAACUGCUUUGUAAAGAUGCUUCCUGAUAUUUACUUUUUGUUCCUUUCCCUAAACCAUUCCCAUUUCUCCCUGUUUUCUAGAAGGCGUAACCCUUCUCUCCACAGCCCCUUACCCCACUCAUCCUAGGCUCCCUUCCUUUCCAUCAAGACCUUCAUUAGCUUAUGAUAUUUGCUGCCGAGAUGUUAUAACAAGGACUCAUUCGUGUAUAUAAGCUAUUUCUUGAUCCAUUUAAAAGGAAUUGUACAUUGUGUAGAAAAAAAAAAAAAACCUGAAAAAAGAGAAAAAAAAAGCCCUAGCCAUGGAUAUUGUGAAA